CGCACGUGCUGGUCAAUUGGGCAGUGCAGAUAGCCCGCGGUAUGCUCUACCUGCACGAAGAGGCUGUGGUGCCUAUUCUGCAUCGCGACCUCAAGUCCAGUAACAUUUUGCUGCUGGAGAAGAUAGAGCAUGAUGACAUUUGCAACAAGACACUGAAGAUCACGGACUUUGGGCUGGCAAGGGAGUGGCACAGGACUACCAGGAUGAGUGCAGCAGGGACCUAUGCCUGGAUGGCUCCUGAGGUCAUCAGGUCCUCCCUGUUCUCCAAGGGCAGUGACAUUUGGAGCUAUGGGGUGCUGCUCUGGGAGCUGCUCACAGGCGAGGUCCCUUACCGUGGCAUCGACGGACUGGCUGUGGCAUACGGGGUGGCCGUCAACAAGCUCACACUGCCUAUUCCAUCUACCUGCCCUGAGCCAUUUGCAAAGCUUAUGAAAGAAUGCUGGGAACAAGACCCUCAUAUCCGCCCUUCGUUUGCCUUAAUUCUUCAACAGUUGACUGCUAUUGAAGGGGCGGUGGCCACUGAGAUGCCCCAGGAGUCCUUUCAUUCCAUGCAGGAAGACUGGAAACUGGAGAUUCAGCAAAUGUUCAAUGAGCUUCGAACCAAGGAGAAGGAGCUGAGGUCCCGGGAGGAGGAGCUGAGUCGAGCCGCUCUGCAGCAGAAAUCCCAGGAAUUGCUGCUCAGACGCCGGGAACAGCAGCUGGCAGAGCGUGAGAUCGAUGUGCUGGAGCGGGAGCUGAAUGUCCUCAUCUUCCAGCUGAGCCAGGAGGCGCCACACGUGAAGAAGAGAAAGGGGAGGUUCAGGAGAGGCCGGCUGAGGCUCAAAGAUGGCCACCGCAUCAGCCUGCCUUCAGAUUUCCAGCACAAGAUCACAGUGCAGGCCUCCCCAACCCUGGACAAGCGCCGGAGCUCAGACAGCCGGCUCUGCAGCCCUCCCAGCAGCCCCUUGAUGCUCCCCCGCCUCCGAGCUAUCCAGUUGACUUCGGAGGAGAGCAAUAAAACCUGGGGACGGAAUGUGGUCUUCCGACAAGAAGACUUUGAAGAUGUGAAAAGGAAUUUCAAGAAAAAAGGCUGUACAUGGGGACCAAGCUCCAUUCAAGCGAAAGAAAGACCAGAGGGCCGAGAGCGGGUCAGGCCUCUCUCAGAUGGCAACAGCCCUUGGUCGUCUCUUUUAAUAAAAAGUCAGAAAACCAUGCCAUUGGCUUCAUUGUUUGUGGACCAACCAGGAUCUUGUGAAGAGCUGAAACUUGUCCCUGACGGAUUAGAACAUAGAAAACCAAAGCAAAUGAAGUUCCCUGGCCAGGCCUAUGUUGGUCUACCUCUUUGCAAAGACAGCCAGAAAGAGCACCCAAGAGAGGCUGAGAGUCUCGAGGAGGGACCCUCUAAAGCCUCCCCAGUGAACAGUGUUGGUGCACCCACGCUGAGAAAGAAAACAGAGUCUGCAUUGUGUGAGUGUGGGGUGCUGCUGGCAUCACUGGCUUUGGGACAGGAUGUCAGGAAACUACGUGGAGCCCAGGCUCCCCAAAAACCAUCACCCAAGGAGGAAAAGAAGAGAGAGGACACUCUUCAGUGGGUCUCCGGGUGCCAAGCAAGUACUAGUCCACCUCUGAGACAGCCACCUGCAGGCAGGGUACCUAGUGAUGACCCCUCUCUCCUGCCGCCAAGUGCCACGAGCCUUUUCUCAAAGUCUUCUCUCUCCACGAAGUGCUUGCUGCCUGCUGCUGAGGAGAAGCCUUCUUUCGGGAGCACAAGGAUCUCUUGUGGUCCCAUGAUGCUCACUCCAGAACCCUGUUCUGCCACCCCAGAAAGCAACUGUGAACUCAUCCCUGAACCAAGACUUAAGAAUGACUAUGGUGUGUUGAAAAGCAUGUCACUUGCCCUCCUGGGGCAAACAGGGGAAAACCUGCCAGCCUGUGCCCCUGUAGGAGGCAAGGAAUGCCAUCACUCAUGGAUGGGAUCCAAAGAAACUCCUUUCCAGCCUCAAAGUGCCCCUGGAGACUCUGAGCUACCACACUCUUCCUCACCUGGUCCUCACAGUGAGCUGGCAAGCCAGGACUCUCCUGAGCAACCCCAAAGUGUUCUGGCCAAUCGUCAGGCAUGCCCCGUCCUGCCACAAAGCCCACACACUGCUUCAUUGAGGACAACAUCCCCACCUACCUGGGCCUGUGACAUGGAACAUGCAGUACCAGCCCUUGCCUGUCUCCUCAGUGCCCAGGAGAGAAGCAGGUUCCAGGCACCUUCUUUGUUGGAUGCCAAUGUGGAAGGUCAGAGCAAGGACUGUGCCGUGCCCUUGUGUAGAGUGAAGAGCGUGACGUGCCAACCGUCCAUCUAUGCCUUGGAGAAAGACUUUCUGACCUGAGUGCCUUUGCUUUCCCAGUGCUAACAUUUGAGGUGGACACAUGGAGGCACUGUGUGCCUUUGUGCUGUGUUUCCAACUGUGGCCCAUGAUGCUAGUGGGGGAUGCUGACUCUGAGGUAAACCAGUGACUGCUGUUGGCUGUCCAUAUUAUGUCCACUGAAUGUUAGUUACCCAGUGACUUGAAAUAUACGGAAGUUCAGCCAGCUGAGGCAGGAUCAGUUCUCAUGUAUGUUCUGCGCAUGAACACAUGGCAAAACUGCAAUGACCAACUAACAAUCUUUGCUUCCUUCCUUCAUCAUUUUUCUUGUCCUUUUGGCUUUUUGUUUGUUUUUGUACAACAGAAAGCUAAGAAAUAGCUAUUCAUGUCUUGGCAAUAAAAAUGUGAUGUUAGAAAGUGAAGAUAUUUAUUUAUAGAGUGGGUAAAAGGUCCUAUUGAUUGGAGUUAAUUCAGAGUCCUGUUUAAAAUACCCAGAGAAAGCAGUAACCUUGUAAUGUGGGAGUCUGUCCAGUUGACUCCCGUUUUACUGAAUGUAACUUAUGAAAGUUUUAUUGAGGCCUGGAGAGAUGGCUCAACAGUAAAGCAUGCAUAUAGCUCUUUUGGAGGACCCAAGUUCAGUCCCUAGCACCCAUGUCAGAUGGCUCACAACUGCCUGUGAUUUCAGUUCUAGGAUAUCCAAUGCCCUCUCCUGACUUCCACGGCACCUGAACUCACAUGCACAUGCUGCCACACAGACAAGACACACACAUGCACAUAAUUAAAAGUCAAAAUAUUUUUAAAGUUUUAUUGAAUAUGACUAUAUUGCUAUUUUUGUGUCAUGAGGCCAAAAUACCUGAGAACAACUUAAAGGGGAGGAAUCAUUUGUUUUGCUCGUGGUUUCAAAGGGUUCAGUCCAACCUUGAGGAGGACCUGGUCGGGUGGCUUACAUCAUGGUGAACAGGAAACAGAGAAAGGGGACUAUGGGAAGAGACCAGGGCAAGAUGUAGUCAAGGGCACACCCUCAUUGAAUUUCGUUCCCCUGUUUCUAUAACCUCUCUAAAUAGCACCACUACUUGGGGACCAAAUGUGAGCAUAUGGUGGAUGUUUCAGAGUCAGACCUUAGCAGUAAUCGCCAAGUGUCAUCUGAGAUCAGGCAUUAAUAUUUGACCAUCAUCACAUUUUGUGCCCUGCACAAGGCUGCUCUGUAGGUUUCCCUGUAGAAAUGCCUCUUCCUUCACUAGUCAAGGUGGGAAAUUUCUUCAUGCUAUAGUAGAGUCUUUAAAAAUUAAAUUACCCAUGACUAGCUGGCUGUGUUUGAAGAGCCUAUGUCCUGUGGACAUAAAUGUUGUGUGAUUUUAUUUUUCUUUGAGCCUGCAGUUUUCCCAGCACUAACAACACUGACAGCACAGGAGACAGCAGGACUGGGGUGGGGGUGGGGUCCGCCCUGAGCCAUUUCAUAUUUUAUUUAACUCUGAGUAAACUCAGGCCUCUGUGGGGGGUGAGCAGGCAUGGCAGGAAGACACAGACAACUUCUGGAAGCACAUGUAAAAUGUGUCUCUGGCUAGCAGGUGGGGUUAGAAUGACUAUGGGUCAUUUUCAUAAUUUCACAAAUCAGAGUGCCGCAUUGUUGAGAUGGGGUGUCUCCUCGGGAGCUUGGUGACUUCACCUGGGUCUUGUGACUACUCUGAUCCCUUCUGUCACCAGAACCUACUUAUUUUUGAGACAGGCAGUAGCUAUUUAAAGUGUGACACCCAGUAGGAAACUAAAUUAUCAAUAACCCUUGGUGUUUUUUUUUUUUUUUUAAAGUUGUAUGUUGGCUUAUCAAAUAAUGGCGGAGAUUUAAAGGGCAAUAAAUUGGGUGUGUGGCAUCUGAGGCAUAUACAGGUUUGUCUGCAGGUGACCUGCAGGGAAGAUCUCAUUGCCAUCUCUAAGCAGAAGGCUUUGGUAGCUUGAAGCAAAAUCUCAGGCUUUCACCAGACUCACUGUGUUGUUUUCUGCUGUCCGAUUUUGCUUCUUUUCCGUUGUUAUGAAAUGCUGUAAUAGGGAUGUGGUUUGCUUAUCAUUUGUCACAUUGGACAGGCCAGUUGGCUUCUUCCUUUCAAUCAAUCAAUUGAAGGGAAGCUGAAAGUAAAAGAAAUGCCCCAAUACCCAUUCGUGGAGAGAAAAUAUAGAAAUAUUAUGUUUAUCUUUGCUCCUGUUGCAGCAUCCCAUGGAGCAUGUGUUUGUGAUGGAGAGGGUAGAAUUGGACAUGCUAGAUGUGUUUGUCUAUCCACUAUGUCCUCUCUCACUCUGUGAUCCAGCCUCCUUUCUCUUCAUUUUGCUCAACUCUGAUGAACUUAGAAAUGAAGCUGUGCUAAAACGAUAAUUUCAAUAUAAGGACUCAGUCUGACUCACUCUUGCUGAGGGUUGCCUUCACUGAGAUCCCAACACACCUCUGAUUUUCUGUGCUUGCUACACACCUAGCAGAACCUGGCUGUUCAUUUUCUAUAGACCUUAGAGCACUGAAAGAUCAUUUAAUCUGGUUCCUGUUAAUCCAUAUUGAGCUUUACCCUCCCACUGCAGAGACUAACAGUCAGGGCCUGGUACAUUGUAUUCAGAGGCCUGUGGCUGAUAAAAAUGUUUACAUAUGUUGUCUGUUUUUUAAUAAACCUU